AUGACCAGAAUAGAAAUAACUGAAAAGCAUUCAUCCAACAACAAGCGCGAUGCACCUGGCAAGCAGGAAGUUAUCAGAUAUAGAAAGUUAGUAGCUUGGAUAUUUGGACUAGAAAAGACAGUAAAAAAAUUGGAGAGAGAUGUGGCAUUCCUAGAGACUGAAUUAGAAGAUUUAGAUGAUUGUGUGAACAAGAGCACUGUGGUUGACUUAAUAUAUGAAAUAGUUCUCACACAUAUUAAUAAAAAAGAACAAAAGGCUGUUCCUUAUAAGCAACGAAGGAAG